AUGGCGUCCAAAGUAACUGAUGCUAUAGUUUGGUACCAGAAGAAGAUUGGGGCAUAUGAUCAACAAAUAUGGGAAAAAUCAGUAGAGCAAAGAGAAAUAAAGUUUAUUAGACUGGGUUUGAGAAACAAACCAAAGAAAACAGGACAUGUGAAACCAGACCUCAUAGAUGUUGAUCUUGUAAGAGGAUCUGCUUUUGCUAAAGCAAAACCUGAAAGUCCUUGGACAUCUCUGACCCGCAAAGGAAUCGUGAGAGUUGUUUUCUUUCCAUUCUUCUACAGGUGGUGGCUACAAGUGACAUCGAGGGUCAUCUUUUUCUGGCUGCUUGUUCUUUACCUUCUUCAAGUUGCUGCUGUAGUGUUAUUCUAUACAGCCCAAAGCCCACAUAAUAUACCUCUGACUGAAGUAAUUGGGCCAAUAUGGCUAAUGUUGCUACUUGGAACUGUGCAUUGUCAGAUUGUUUCAACACGAACUCCUAAGCCACCUCCCAGCACAGGGGGUAAAAGAAGAAGGAAAUUAAGGAAAGCAGCACAUUUGGAAGUACAUAGGGAAGGAGAUGGCUCUAGUACCACAGAUAACACACAGGAGGGAACAGUGCAGAGCUACGGUACAAGCACCUCUUGCAGUAUUGGCGCUGUCUUCAGAGAUAUCUGGCAUGCUGCUUUCUUUUUAUCAGGAUCUAAGAAAGCAAAAAACUCAAUAGAUAAAUCCACUGAGACUGAUAAUGGCUACGUGUCCCUUGAUGGGAAAAAAACAGUUAAAAGCAGUGAAGAAUGUAUUCAGGCCCAUGAACGUCGAUGUGAAGUGAUUAAGCCAGAAGAGUCAGGGUUGAGCACUGCAACAGUGAGAGAUGCCUUCAGCAAUCACAGUCAUCACAAAGAUACUCACAGGACUGUGGCAAAUUUAUCAGAUGAAGUAUCUAGUGAGGAAGGACCUGAAACUGGAUAUUCUUUACGUCGCAAUGUAGAGCGCACUUCUAGUGAUUGUACACUUCGAAACAGGAAAUCUCACCAUUAUAAGAAACACUAUCCUCUGGAGGAUACACCUAAAUCAGGUACUAGCUGCAGUUCUCGGUGUUCAAGCUCCAGACAAGAUUCUGAGAGUGCAAGGCCAGAAUCGGAAACCGAAGAUGUGCUGUGGGAGGACCUCUUACACUGUGCAGAGUGCCACUCUUCCUGUACCAGUGAGACAGAUGUAGAAAGCCCUCAAGUGAAUCCAUGUGUGAAGAAAGAAUACAGAGAUGACCCAUUUCAUCAGAGUCAUUUGCCUUGGAUCCACAGUUUGAAUCCAGGACUAGAAAAAAUAAGUGCAAUUGUAUGGGAGGGUAAUGACUGCAAGAAAGCAGAUAUGUCUGUGCUUGAAAUCAGUGGUAUGAUAAUGAACAGAGUGAACAGCUAUAUACCAGGAAUUGGCUAUCAGAUUUUUGGAAACGUCAUCUCUUUAAUCUUGGGUUUAAUGCCAUUUGUCUUUCGACUUUCCCAAGCUAAAGAUUUGGAACAACUAGCUACACAUUCUGCCACUGAACUUUGUAUGACUGCAUUUGGAUCGAAUGGAGACAUUCUGAUUCUCUCAAUGGUUAUUAUAAGUUUUGUGGUCCGUGUGUCUCUAGUGUGGAUUUUCUUUUUUCUGCUAUGUGUAGCAGAGAGGACAUAUAAACAGAGGCUACUUUUUGCCAAACUUUUUGGUCAUCUAACAUCUGCCAGAAGGGCAAAAAAAUCAGAGGUUCCUCACUUCCGCUUGAAGAAAGUACAGAAUAUAAAAAUGUGGCUUUCUCUCAGGUCCUAUCUAAAGCGUCGAGGUCCUCAACGCUCAGUUGAUGUAAUAGUUUCAUCUGCCUUCCUACUCACUCUCUCAGUUGUAUUUAUCUGUUGUGCACAGCUGCUUCACAUGCAUGAGAUCUUCCUUGAUUGUCACUACAAUUGGGAACUUGUAAUUUGGUGCAUUUCACUAACUCUUUUUCUCUUAAGAUUUGUUACUCUUGGAUCUGAAACCAGUAAAAAGUACAGCAAUACCUCAAUAUUACUUACUGAGCAGAUAAACUUGUACUUGAAAAUGGAGAAAAAGCCUAAUAAGAAGGAGGAACUGACUCUAGUGAACAAUGUUUUAAAACUUGCUACUAAGUUAUUGAAGGAACUGGACAGUCCCUUUAGGUUGUAUGGGCUUACAAUGAAUCCACUGCUUUAUAAUAUCACCCAAGUUGUCAUACUGUCAGCUGUUUCUGGUGUCAUUAGUGACUUGCUUGGAUUUAAUCUAAAGCUCUGGAAGAUCAAAUCUUGACAAUAUGUAAAGAAGAUGAGAUAACACAGUGUUAUAGAAAAGCUCAUUGAUUGACAAAACUGCCUCAAAGCAGCCACUGAAUCCGUAUUUCAGAUACUACAACCUCUUCAAGGAUGUCGUUUGGAAAAUUGAAGUGUUUACAUCUGACUGUCUUGUGCAAUCUUCAUAUUUAUUUCAUCUUCUCACUGUUUUAUGUUCAUUUUAAUUGACAUUUAUAUUUUAUUUUCCAACUUAUUUGUUUAGUUUUGGAAAGGGUCAGAUUUGGGAAGGGUCAGAAACUGUGUGUCUGAGAACUUGAAAUCCUGGAAAUUGAUUACACUAAAUUACUAUAUCUGUUGUUAAACCUGAAGCCAAUGCUGAACAUUUUUAGUUACAGUAACGCUAUAUGGAAGUAAUUUGAUUUUUGAUAGUGUGGUAAAACUGCUUAGAAUAUUUCAUUUGCACCAAUCAUUUAUGAGGACAACAUAACAUCAAUAGAUGUUUGGUUGCAAUAGAAAAGUGAGACAUAUACAAAAAGAAAGUACUGACAAUACAGUAUGACAGGUAGCAGAAAUAUUUUAUAUUACUAUCAGAAGCAAGUGGGAAUUUUUGAUAUUUUGAGUAAUUCCAGGAUCUAAACUCAUAUAGGCUGCAGUUUAAAUAUCCUGGGAUAUUAAUAAGGUAUUAUAUAACAAGUCAACAAGUGCUCUUUGAUAACACUUUUAUUAGAGCAAUAAUUGUAAAUGGUUACCAUGCUGUAUGAUAUUUUGAUAAAAUUAAAUACUGUAUUUAUUUGAAAUACUGGGCUGUUCUGCGCAGCUCUGACUGUGCAUGCUCAAUAUGUGCACUUUUUAUUGUUACUUUUAAUGAGAAACUUUAUAUAUAUACACAUAAAUGUAUAUUAAGUGGAAUAUAUUAUGGUGAACU